CAAGAGUAUCUGGAGUAGUGGCAGUGCCGAGUGCUAGGCGUUGAGAGUGCGCUCCUGAAGACUGGUUGGAGUUGUUAGAACAAGAAACUGGUGGAGAGUUAGUGUGUGUGUGUGAUUUUGAUGGUCUGUGGGGUUGUGAUCCUCUGUGUGUGUGUAUGUGUGUGUGAGAUUGUGAUGAUGUGACAGUGAUGGGGGUGUGGUUGUGUGUGUGAUUGAGUAAUUGUUAUGGGAUAUUUGUGUCGUGGUUAUGUUUGUGAUUGUGUGUGAUUUAUGAUAAUGUGUGUGGUGUUGUCUGUGUGAUUGUCAGGUAGGUGUGCAGGGUGUGUGAGUGUGGAGGUGUUUGCGAUUGUGAUAUGUGUAGUGGUUGUCUUAACCUCGGUGGACUUCUCUGUAGCCUUUGGUAUAAUUGGUUUCCGCUUGAAAAAAAUUUUCUGUAUUUGGUUUCACGUGGUCUUUCCUUCCCAUUGGCCACUCUUUCUUAGUCUCUUUUGCUGCCCGUCCCGCCCCCGCCCCCCCCCCCCCAGCAGUUCUUGGCCCUAUUCUGUAGCUUGCCAGUUUCCCUUGGUGAUCUUUUCCAGAUUUAUUAUUUCAUUUUCCUAUGGGUUUUAUUAUAUGUGUUAAUUAUUUUGAUCAUAAUAAUGCUGCCUAACAAACCACUCAAACUCAGUGGCAUGCAGCAGCAAGCAUUUAUUCUCUUGUUCUCCGGUUUGCAGAUUCUGUGUUCAGCUUUAUCUAGGCUUGGCUUGCCUGGAUGGCUGGGCGGCAGAAUCGAUUCAGACCUGCUCCACAUGUGUUCUUUUUGCAGCUGAGGCUAAAAGGACGGUGGUUACCAGGACAGUUCUUCUCCUGGUGGAUCACCAGAGUACAAGACAGAUCAUUAAAAAAAAAACAAACCCUUAAAAUCUCUGCUCCCAAGUAUACUAAUAUUAUGUUAGCCAGAGCUAUUCAGAUGCCUAAGCUUAGCAUUAAUUACACCCACAGUCAGAGGGCAAGGCAAAGUUAAAUGGCACAAAGUGUGAAUGUGUAAUCCUCUUAGAGUGAGGUGAAAAAUUGGGACCAAGUUUCCAAUCUAUAACAUUAAGAAACAUGCCUGUUUAUCCUAGUGAAUGUCUUUUAUAGUCCAAGUUCUCUUUUGUCUGAUAAUAUUGCUUUUUGGGUUUUGUUAAUGUAUUUUCCAGGAAUUUCAUUUUAUGUCUUUAUACUUCAGGUCUGUCUCUUGUAAAGAGCAUAUUGCUGGGCUUUUCCCCUUUUUAUCCUGUUUGACUGUUAUUUUAAUAGCCCACAGGUUCUGGCUCCACAAAGAUAAGACACAUCUGUGAUGUGAGGAGAAAGAACCCUGAAGAGCAGGUAUCUAUCAUGGAAGGAGACCUCCUGAUCUGAGACCUUCCCUGGAAGCUGGGGAGUUCUGAGAUAGAGUGGACACUGAAAUUGCUGGACCUGCACCCUGUCUUAACCCCUCUGUUUAGAGUGGGAAAGGCCUGAAUGACAUCUCAACCUUCAACGAUCAGCAGUAGCUGUGUGACAAUGGAGCAUUUGACCCGGAUGAUGGAAAGGACAGCUUGGCGUUCUCCAGAUUCUGCCCUUUUCGAGGAAGAAGAGGAUAUGACCAGUUCUCUUGAAACAGUAACAUUUAAGGAUGUGGCUGUGGACCUCACCCAGGAGGAAUGGCAGCAAAUGAAACCUGCUCAGAGGGACUUGUACCGUGAUGUGAUGCUGGAGAACUAUAGCAACCUAGUCACAGUGGGCUGCCAAGUCACCAAACCAGAUGUGAUCUUCAAGUUGGAGCAGGAAGAAGAGCCAUGGGUGGUAGAAGAAGAAAUGCUUGGGAGGCACUGUCCAGAAGUUUGGGAAGUUGAUGAACAGAUCAAGAAGCAACAGGAAACACUUUUGAGGAAAGUCACAUCCAUCUCCAAGAAAACUCUUAUUAAGGAAAGUGUCAUUGAAUGUAAAAAAGUUGCAGAAGUAUUUCCUCUGAGCUCAGACAUUGUUACUUCAAGACAAAACUUCUUUGAAUGUGACUCACUUGAUAAGGGUUUUGAACAUAAUUUAGACUUACUUAGUUAUGAAAAGGGCUGUAUAAGAGAGGGAAAUUAUGAAUGUAAUAAGUAUGGGAAACCAUUUUACCAUUGCUCAUCCCACAUUGUAACCCCCUUUAAGUGUAAUCAGUGUGGACAAGACUUUAGUCAUAAAUUUGACCUCAUCAGACAUGAGAGAAUUCAUGCUGGAGAGAAACCCUAUGAAUGUAAGGAAUGUGGAAAAGCUUUCAGUAGGAAGGAAAAUCUUAUUACACAUCAAAAAAUUCAUACUGGGGAAAAACCAUAUAAGUGUAAUGAAUGUGGAAAAGCUUUCAUUCAGAUGUCAAACCUUAUUAGACACCAGAGAAUUCAUACUGGAGAGAAACCUUAUGCAUGUAAGGAUUGUUGGAAGGCCUUCAGUCAGAAAUCAAAUCUCAUUGAACAUGAGAGAAUUCAUACUGGAGAAAAACCCUAUGAAUGUAAGGAAUGUGGAAAAGCCUUCAGCCAGAAGCAAAAUCUUAUUGAGCAUGAGAAAAUUCACACUGGCGAGAAACCUUAUGCAUGUAAUGAAUGUGGUAGAGCUUUUUCUCGAAUGUCAUCUGUUAAUCUACAUAUGAGAAGUCACACAGGGGAGAAGCCCUAUAAAUGUAAUAAAUGUGGAAAAGCCUUCUCUCAGUGCUCAGUAUUUAUUAUACAUAUGAGAAGUCAUACAGGUGAGAAACCCUACGUAUGCAGUGAAUGUGGGAAAGCAUUCUCUCAAAGUUCAUCCCUUACUGUACAUAUGAGAAAUCAUACAGCUGAGAAACCCUAUGAAUGUAAUGAAUGUGGAAAAGCCUUCAGCCGGAAAGAAAAUCUCAUUACACAUCAAAAAAUUCAUACUGGAGAGAAACCUUAUGAAUGUAAUGAAUGUGGGAAAGCUUUUAUUCAGAUGUCAAACCUCAUCCGACACCAGAGAAUUCAUACUGGUGAAAAACCCUAUGCAUGUACAGUAUGUGGGAAAGCUUUUAGUCAGAAAUCAAAUCUCACUGAACAUGAGAAAAUUCAUACUGGAGAGAAACCCUAUCAUUGUAAUCAGUGUGGAAAAGCUUUCAGUCAGAGACAAAAUCUCCUUGAACAUGAAAAAAUUCAUACUGGAGAGAAACCUUUUAAAUGUAAUGAAUGUGGUAAAGCCUUCUCUCGAAUCUCAUCCCUUACUCUUCAUGUUAGAAGUCAUACAGGGGAGAAGCCAUAUGAAUGUAAUAAAUGUGGAAAAGCCUUCUCCCAAUGCUCAUUACUUAUUAUACAUAUGAGAAUUCACACUGGUGAGAAACCCUUUGAAUGUAAUGAAUGUGGGAAAGCAUUCUCUCAAAGAGCAUCCCUUUCUAUACAUAAGAGGGGUCAUACAGGUGAGAAACGCCGAGUAUACUAAGUGAAUAAAAGGGCUUCUCUUAAAUUCAAUCCAUGCUUUACUUAACUUUAAAAUAUCUUGGCAUAAUCUCAAAAAAUGAACAAGAUCUUUAUAAAAAAAUUGUAAAGCUUUAUUGAAGGGCAAAAGACUUGAGUAAAUGGAGAGAAAUACCAUGGAUGUAGAUUGAAAAACACAAUAUCAUAAAAUGUCUUUUCUCCCCAAAUUAAUCUGUGGACCUAAUAUAGUUCCAAACAUCUAACAAGAAUUUUCUAGGAUCUUUACAAUAUGAUUCUAAAGUUCAUAUGAAAUAAAAGGCUAUGGAUUACUGAGACAAUAUGGAGUAAGAACAGAGAGGACACACCUUCUACUAUGUACUACACAUAUUAAGAAAUUAUGGUCAUAUAAUAGUGUGUGGUAGUAUUACAUUAAUGGAUAAAUUUAAAAGUUUUACAAAAUAGAAUGCCUAGAAGUAAACCAAUGAAUAUAUACAAACUUGUUGUAUAUUAGACAUGAUGUCUUGAAUAAGUAGAAUAAUGACAGCAUAGUCAAUAAAAAUAGUUGGAGUAUUCGAAUCUCCAUAUUGGGGGAAAUAAAAUUACAUACAACCUUACAACACAUAAAAGACAGAAUUCCAAAGGAUUUCAACACUGAAAUGUGAAAAGCCAAACUCUGAACUCCUUGAAAGGAAAUAACAGGAUAUUGUCUAUGACUUUGAGGCAGGGAAACUUUUUUUUAAAAGGACCCUGCAGUUCCACUUCUGGAUGUACAUCCUAAAGAAAUUCAUAAAUAUGCUUAAUAAAUAUAUAUAUAUAUAUCUGAAUUGAAAACACCAUAUAUAUUGAAGGGAUAAUGGAUGAAUAAAAUGUGAUAUAUUCAAAUAAUGGAAUGGUGUACAGCAGUUAAAAGCAAUGAACUUGGUCUGUAUUGUGUAACAUGAGUAGUUAUCUAAUGUUGAGUGAAAAAAAAUCAAGAUCCAGAUGAAAUAUACCAUAUAAUAACAUUCAUGUAAAUUGGAGUGAAAUCAUUCACAAAGAAUAGAACUAUGUUUUUAUUAUUGAAAUAUGUGUGUAAAACUAUUUUAAAUGGAUUAAAAAGGACACAUAACAAAUUACUAAUGGUGUUGUCUCUGGCAGGAGAUUAGGAUUGAGGGUGUUGGUGGAAGGGGGUUUUUAGCUUUACUUGUCAUUUUUAUGCCUUAAAAAGA